UAGAGGCCGGGGACCCCGGCGCUGAAGCCCGGGGGUCGGCCGUCGGCUGUUUUUCCCAGCAGCAGCUCAGCUAUUGGGCUGCCUCCACCAGGGACCCAUGGGUGCUUUCAACCUUAACCCACGGGUACAAACUUCAGUUCCGACGCCGGCCCCCAGCCCAUGGCCGGGUCAAGAUGACCAUCAUAAGGGACCCGGCAAAAGCCCAAGCCCUCACCCAGGAGUUGUCCGCCCUCCUGGACAAGGGUGCCAUCGAGCCAGUAGAUCCCCUAUUGCACCCCAGGGGGUUCCACAUGCUGACCACUGCAGAGGUUCUACGUACAAUUGCCAAAGGAGAGUGGUUUACGUCAGUAGACCUGAAGGAUGCCUACUUCCACAUCCCUAUAGCUCCACACCAUCGGCAGUUUCUGCGGUUUGCCUUUCAAGGGCGUCAUUUCCAGUUCCGAGUGCUCCCAUUCGGUCUCUCCCUUUCCCCUCGGGUGUUCACCAGGUGUGUGACGGCGGCCCUUUCGCACUUGCAGUCGCGGGGCAUGAAGAUUCUCCCAUAUCUGGACGACUGGCUCAUCUGUGCGCCAUCCCAGUCUCAGGUGGCACUGGACACGUCGUGUCUUCUCUCUCAUGUGGCCCGCCUGGGCCUCCGGGUGAAUUUUACAAAGAGUUGCCUGGUUCCAUCGCAGGGGACGCUUUUUCUCGGGAUGACUCUCGAUGCAAUCACCAUGAAAGCUCGCCCAUCACCACAGCGGGUGGACGACAUCCUCCGCCGCCUCCUCCUGUUUCGGGAGGGCAGGCAGUUACGCUAUGUGGAGUUUUUGCGCCUCCUAGGGAAACUCACAGCUGCCGCUACCGUGAUUCCUCUAGGACUGCUGUCGCUGCGUCCCCUCCAGAGGUGGUUGCACGGCUUUCAUCUGGAUGUCAAGUGGCACCGGCACAGGAAGCUCAAGGUGUCACGUCGUUGCCUUCUUGCUCUGGCCCCAUGGAGAGUGAGGUCAUUUCUCCUGCAGGGCAUGCCCUUGGGUUCCAUCGCAUCUCGUCGGGAAAUCAUCACAACAGAUGCUUCCCUCUCGGGGUGGGGUGCUGUGUGGCAGCAUCGAACAGCUCAGGGGCUGUGGUCUGUGCAGGAGCGCUCACAGCACAUCAAUGUUCUGGAACUGCGGGCUGUGCACAGGGCAUUGCAGGUUUUCCUUCCCUUCCUGGGAGACAGGCAUGUGCUUGUGCGAUCAGACAAUGUCUCGACUGUGUCUCAUAUAAACCACCAAGGAGGCACCAGGUCUGCACCACUGUUGCAGGCAUCUCAGGACCUCCUGCUGUGGGCAGGGCCACACCUGGCCAGCCUGAGGGCGAUGUAUUUGCCUGGGGAGCAGAAUCAGGCAGCAGACUUACUCUCCCGUUGCAAGCCUCCGCCGGGGGAGUGGCGGCUUCAUCCGGAUGUGGUCCUCAGCAUCUGGGACAUCUUCGGCAGGGCAGGGGUGGAUCUCUUUGCCUCGGAGGAAUCGACCCAUUGCCCCCUCUGGUUCUCCUGGACGGAGAAGAGCAGCCCUCUGGGCCAGGAUGCUCUCGCACACGAUUGGCCAGAGGUUCUCCUCUAUGCUUUUCCACCAAUCCCUCUGAUUCUUCCAACACUGCAGAGAGUCCUCCAGCAGGGUCACAGGCUACUGUUGGUAGCCCCCUUCUGGCCGGGAAGAACAUGGUUUCCACUGUUGUACAGUCUCUGCAACGGUUUACCGUGGCGCCUCCCAGACAGGAGGGAUCUCCUGUCUCAGUUACGGGGCCGAAUCUGGCAUCCCGAUCCUCACCGCCUGCAGCUGUGGGUCUGGUCACUGCAGGGCCCGACCCGCUGCUGACUGAGUGUUCAGAUGGCGUCUGCAAUACCAUAUUGAAUGCAAGGGCGCCUUCUACCCGGGCGCAGUAUGAAAACAGGUGGCAGCUGUUUACUACAUGGUGCUCAGACAGGAAUGUGGACCCUGUGCACUGUUCAGUUCCAAAGGUUCUAGAGUUUCUCCAGUCACUCUUGGAUGGCGGCCGGUCCCCGGCUACCUUGAGGGUAUAUGUGGCAGCCAUUUCCUCCCGACAUGCUCGGGUGGACAACGACACGGUGGGGUGUCACAGAUUGGUGUCCCUUUUUCUGAAGGGUGCAUGGCGGUUACGCCCCCCACGAGCACAACGCACUCCAGCCUGGGAUCUACACCUGGUGCUCGACUCCCUAUGUUUACCUCCCUUUGAACCCCUGGCUCAGGCAGAGCUGAAGUGGGUCUCUAUUAAGACUGCCUUUCUCCUUGCUAUCACGUCAGCGAAGCGUGUUGGGGAACUUCAUGCGCUCUCUGUGAGUGACUCAUGUUUGAGGUGGAACUCCGAUGGCUCAGGGGUUACCCUGUGGCCGAAUUCAGCUUUCCUUCCGAAGGUUUUCUCAUCAUCAAACCUUAACCAACCUAUCCACCUGGCACAAUUUACUCCCCCAGAAGGGGAGGACAGAUUACAGCUACUGUGUCCCGUACGGGCUCUCAGAGCCUACGUGGUCGCAACUGCGAGUGUAAGGCAGUCAGACCAGCUCUUUCUCUGCUAUGGUGGUCCUAGGAGGGGCUGUGCUCUCUCCAAACAGCGGUUGUCUCAUUGGGUGGUGGAUGUUAUCACCCAGGCAUAUAAACGAGGUGGUCACCCCCUGCCAUCCGGGGUGAGGUGCCACUCUACCAGGGCAGUCUCAACUUCAUGGGCGGCUCUGCGCGGCGUUCCCCUGGAGCGCAUCUGUGAGGCGGCAUCAUGGGCAUCCCCGAGUACCUUCUCCAGGUUCUACCGGGUGAAUGUCGCUACCCCCCAUCCACUGGAGGUGGUCCUGUUGCCGGACUCUGCGCUCUCCUCUCAAUAAGGUAUGUGCUAAAUUCCUCGUGACUUUUUUGGUAUGUGUCAUCCAGUGCUUAAGCACCGCCUCUGGCGGUCAGUAGGGAUGAAAUAGAACGAGAGUUACGUAUGUAACUACGGUUCUAUGAAUCCCGGAUGACCGCCAGAGCGUUCUGUCACUCAGAAUCACUGUGUACUCGCGAGAAGAUUCUGUAGGAACAGAUCCUCUGAUGUCACCGGAAGUUAUAGACUCUCCGUAGGCAUCAGGGGUCACGGGUGACUUUGUUGGUAUAAACACUCGACCUGCGCAUGCGCGAGAUGGAUCAUUCAGUGCUUAAGCACCGCCUCU